UGCCCCCGAAGGCGGCCAGCUACAAACAUGCAGUGACAAUUCAAAUUAGUCCAGUUCGCUGGUUCUGGCUGUGACUCAGGACAGUGAGCGGCAGGCGGAAAAAGAUGCGUACGUAAGCCGCACAAGCUAGGCAGUGACAGAGACUGGGCGCCGGAGACUAGGAGGAGGACAGAAGUGAGGCAGCUUUAUGAGCGUUUCACGAGGUAUAUGGCUCAAUUUUAGCUGAGCACUUUUGUUCAGAGCGGCUACGACUGGAGCGGUGCCAGAUCCAUUUGCGAGGCAGAGAGAGCGCAUGCCGGCUAAGUAGUCUGGUCCACAGGCAGCGAACUGCAGCAGAGGAUCUGUCGAGAGUGUUGUUAUGCAAGCGGGAGGAGAGCAGUCCCACUUUGAUCCAGACGCUGGACGGAGGCAGAGAUGCUUCGAAGCUGGAGGCUGCUGCUUAGUGUCCCAUCAGGGAAUUUGCUUAUGGGACAGUAGAGUGGGGAUGGACUGAUGGACACCCAGAUGAUGCACUCAGUGUCCUAAUGAUUUGAGCUUCCAUCCAGGCACCAAGUUUUGUCAGAAUCAUUUUCAGAUCUCAUCCACCGACUGUCAACAACCAUGAGUGGUGGAGUGAAUAUCAAAGUCCUGUCUCAGAGCCAGAGCGACACAGGUGUCAACUCGAGACUGCCUUUACCUCGAAGCACGAUGUCUCUCUCAAGGAUGGAUCCCAAACAACAAUACAGCAGCCUCCCCAAUCCCACAAUACAGUAUCAGCACGCCGCCAAACGACGGCCUUCAUACUCGUCACUGUCGGCUUCACCGGGUUCUGCAGAGCUGCUGAGAGGUGCAGCUUUGAAGAACCACCUGCUGCAGGAGAAGACCAGCAUGUACACUCACAGAAGCCCGGCAGCUACAGAGAGAACUGAUGGCACAUGCUCAGCAUACAGCAGCCCUCAGAUACCAAAGAGGGAAGUCCCACGGUCUAAAGACACAUCAGACCUCCGUAGCAGCACGCUGACCCAGAGGGCUCUGAGAGACCUCCAGUUAAGAAGGAACACCAACAAGAAUUGGACCUUUGGGAAGUAUCGUCAAAAAAAUGUGGACAAUGCACAAGAAGGUGAAGCCUUGCGUCGGCACUCGGCCAAUCUUCAGUCAGGCCAAGGACGAGGGCGCCUCCUUUAUACGAAAGGUGCAAAUGGAAAUGAGAUUCCAGGCGCGUCGUCACCGGGAGUGGAGAACUUCCAAAAAGAGUUGAGGAACAUCUCCAACCAGGAUCUGGGGUCUUCUGAUAGAGACGUGCUCGGUAACAAAUCAAAGCCUCCCUGUCAGACAUUCAACCUGCAGCGCAGAGGGAGCGAACCGGGAAGAGUCAACAUGGCUACUGUUGCUCCCUUCAGGUUCAGGUUUCAGGUCCAUGGAGACACUGACAGCACCGUGGACGAUCUGAGUGACUGCUCCUCUGACUCUAUGGAGCUCUGCUGUGAUGAUCUAGGAGGCAUGCUUGGAAAUAGUGUGAAAGGAAGAGAAGGAGAUUUCAAGAUGGAAAGGACGGAUAGCACAAAGGCAUACGGCCAAGCAGAUGGCAAAGGAGUUGGUAUGGCAGCUAAGAGGGCCAAAUCUGGAGUGCCCCAGAGCACACAGCGGGGUGAACUAAAGGUUUACCGGGCAGGUAGUUCUGAGGGCAGGCUACCAGUGUCCUCCAGUCUCCGAAAGCAGAGGUCUAUGACGAACCUGGCUGUACUCACUGAUGCUGAGAAGAAGUUGCACCUUUACGAGCCAAAGUGGUGUGAUGACAUGGCCAAGCCUGGAGCAGGGCAGACCAAGGUGGGCAAGCCAAAGACGGCGGGGGGUGGCAACAGUGCUGGAGGGGGUGCGCCCCUCUCUCGAAACCUGUCCAAAUCUGAACACUCGCUGUUCCAGGGCAAACCCAAGCCCUUCAGCCCUCUCGCUGCUCCCUCUGCCCUCAGCAAGCAGAGCCGCAUACCUCGUGGUCCUUAUGCCGAGGUGAAGCCUUUGAGCAAGGCACCAGAGGAUGGAAAGUCAGACGAUGAGAUCCUCUCCAGCAAGGCGAAGGCCAACGCAAAAAAGGCUGGGGCCGGGGCUGGAGGGGAGUCUGGUACGAAAGGCCAAGGAGAGGAAGGGGGUGACAAACCCUUCCUGAAGGUGGACCCAGAGCUGGUGGUGACGGUGCUGGGCGACCUGGAGCAGCUGCUGUUCAGUCAGAUUUUAGACCCUGAAUCCCAGAGGAAGCGAACUGUGCAGAAUGUCCUUGACCUCCGCCAAAAUUUGGAAGAUACUAUGUCAAGCCUACGGGGCUCCCAGCUAAGCCAUAGCUGUCUGGACAGCACUAAUGUGGGCUAUGACAGUGAUGAGACCAACGCUCGCAGCAUAUCCAGCCUGUCCAACCGCUCAUCACCUCUUUCCUGGCGCCACGGCCAGUCCAGCCCUCGUCUUCAGGCGGGUGACGCUCCGUCCUCCACCGGCGGUGGAUUCCAGGGGAGCAAGUCUGGCUCCCAGUACACAGCCCAUACCAUGCCAGCUCGCUGCUCCAGCCGCCUUAGCAGCACGUCUCGCAUCGAGCUCAUGGAAAGCCUCGAUGUCGACGACACCGACCUCAAGUCUGGUUACCUGAGCGACAGUGACCUUCUGGGAAAGAGCUUGCCAGAUGAUGACGACGAUAACCUGGCUAAUGGUUGGGAUGAGAGCAGCUCCAUCAGCAGUGGGCUCAGCGAUGGUGACGGCGAUGGGUCAGAGAAUCUCAGUUCGGAGGAGUUCAACGCCAGCUCAUCUCUUAACUCCCUCCCGAGUACACCCCUGGGAUCAAGGCGCAACUCUUCUGCUAUGCUCCGCACUGAUGCAGAGAAGCGCUCCCUGGUGGAAAGUGGACUUUCGUGGUACAGUGAGGAGGGCAAAGCCAGCCAUAAGUUUAACAGCUGCAGCUAUGAUACUGGGAGUCUCAAGACGGAGGCACCGAGCAAGUGGAGAAAGAAGCCACCAAGCCUCAGUGAAGAAUUGGGGAGUAAAGGGGAAUUUAAGAAACCACAAAACUUGGGUCAACCAGGAAAUUUCAGGAAGGGCAGAAAUCCUCCUGUGGGUGUGACUUCUCCAAUCACGCAUACAUCACAGAGUAUGCUCAAAGUUGCAGCAGCACCGAAAAGCGAGAAGCCACUGGACAAAUCCAGAAUUUCCAUCAAAGCUGCCGGUCUACAACGGUCUCGCUCCGAUGCUGGCAGGGACCAUCAUGGAGAGCACCGCAAGCCCCCGUCAGGAUUAGUUAAACCCACUGCUGGAGCGUCCUUUGGCUACAAGAAAGUACCGACCGCCACCGGUACCGCAACUGUUAUGACAGCAGGGGGCGCCACCAUCUCCAGUGGCUCUGCCACUGUAGGGAAAAUCCCCAAGUCAUCUGGCAUCCCUGUGAAGCCUGUGGGCGGAGGAACACCCUCCGGCAGAAAGAACAGUUUUGAUGCCAGCAGCGAGCAGAGCUUUCUAGGGCCAAACGCCCGAAACAGCAUUCAGUACCGCAGCUUGCCUCGACCGGCCAAAUCAAGCACACUCAGCGUGAUCGGUCGCCCCGCAAACAGGCCUGUCAGUAGCACUAUCGACCCCAGUCUGUUAAGUUUGAAACCUGUACCAAUCACAGGCCCCAGGGUUAAAGAACCUAGCAGCUGCGGCAGUAAAAUGACCAAUCGAACAAGUAUAGGCCCAGUGAACCAGACGGACAGAGAAAAAGAAAAGGAAAGGGCCAAGGCGAAGGCUGUGAGUGCUGACAUGGACUGUGCUUCUCUGAAAGGGGACGACACCCAGUCCAAGACUGCAGGAGAGUCUGCUGUGAAGCUGCAUGGCCUGAGACGGACCAGCAGCAGUAAAUACCCUGAACUGUCAUCACCAACCACACCAAGGAUGCUGAACACAAAGUCCCUAGGCCGCCCCCCGAGCUUGGCUCACCUGGAUAAGGUCAACUCUAACAGUCUUGACUCCUGCGUGACCAUCCAGGACCUUCCGCCCAAAGUUCCCCCAUACUCCAAGCUUCAAGACUUGGCCGGUUCUCACACAGGUGCCCGUCUCACCCCCAGCCCGGCGCCUGUCCUACACAUCGACUCUCCCAGCUCCUACACCAGUGAAAGCCUGAGUCUGAGCGGAUCGCCGAUCCUCUACCCCAAACUAUCCGGCAUGCACCGCAGCCUGGAGUCUCUGCCCCUACAGAUGAGUGUGCCCUCCAGUGCAUCGAGGUUUGUUACAACAGACCUGCGUGAUAAGGAUGAGAGGGGUACAGGAACCUGGGGGGCUGGGAGUAGGACAUCCCUCAACCUCACUGACAGCUUGCAAACAGACCGUAAUACUCUGCCGAAGAAAGGCUUAGAACGUUACAGCUCAAGCCUGUCAGAGAGUGAAAGCAGCAAGCCGGGAAGGCGCCACUCCCACACUAUAGUCGCCAUGACGGAGAGCGAUAGCCCCCCUCAGCUGCCUUCUCCCACCCGCCCUCUCCACCCCUCCUCCAGCAAGGCUCCUCUCACUAACGUGGUUGCCCCAAUUUCCAGUGGCACCCCAAGGAUAUCCCGCUCCAACAGCAUAGGCCCCCCCAGUGACUCAGCCUGCGAUCUCUAUGGAUCCUCCCCCCUGGGCAGCAGUAUGUCCCUGGCUGACCGGCCAAAAAGCAUGAUGCGGUCCGGGUCUUUCCGUGAGCCGGGGGAUGAUGUGCAUGGCUCUGUUUUGUCCUUGGCGUCCAAUGCUUCAUCCAGCUAUUCCGCGAAUGAGGAGAGGAUACAAGGGGAGCAAAUCCGCAAGUUGAGGCGAGAGCUGGAGUCGUCCCAGGAGAAGGUUGCCAACCUGACCAUGCAGCUUUCUGCCAAUCUAGGCCAGGCUAAUCUGGUAGCAGCAUUCGAACAGAGUCUGGCGCUGAUGACGGCACGCCUGCAGACAUUGUCAGUGUCCUCAGAGCAAAAGGACUCUGAGCUCACUGAACUGAAAGACACCAUUGAGAUUCUGAAGGUCAAAAACACAGAAGCCCAGGAAAUCAUCCACGGUGCUCUCAGUAAUCCAGACAUCACGCCUAAAGAGCUGCUGAUCAAUCGCCAGAACUCAUCAGAAAGCAUCUCCAGUCUGACAAGCACCACCAGCCACUCAAGUAUGGGGAGUCUUAAGGAGCAGGAGGCCAAGAAGAAGAAAAAGAAGAGCUGGGUCUUUGAGUUGCGGAGCUCCUUCAACAAGGCUUUUAGUAAGAAGGGCUCCAAGCCCACAGGCCCAUAUGCUGACAUUGAAGAGAUUGCCACCCCAGAAUCCUCAGCACCUUCCUCUCCCAAGGUGCAUCAUGAUGGCGAUAACCCUCCGUCGUCAAUGAAAUCUGCCGCCUCUGCAUCAUCAUCUGGACUCUGUGAAGGGGGUGAGGAGGAGGAUGACAAAGUUGUAACUGAAUUGCGUUCGGAGCUGUGGGAGAAGGAGCGUAAGCUGACAGACAUCCGCCUGGAGGCUCUGAGCUCUGCACAUCAGCUGGAGCAGCUGCAGGAGGCCAUGAACAACAUGCAGAGGACAGUGGAGAACCUGAAGGCUGAGAAUGACCAGCUGAAGACAGGUAGUCUGUCUCCCUGUCCAUCUCCCGGACCCUCAAGCUCUGUUUCCCAGUCCUCAGGUCUCACUGCUCUGGGAAGUUCAUCACCUCGACAGUCAGUAGCCAUGCACAUGCCCAAAAGCUACAGCAGAGGGCUGAGUGAAGGGAGCAGCUCAGACGUCCACUCUGCAGAUUCUCUCAGCCUUUCCUCACAGAGAGAUGAUCACCGUGUUAGGGUUGUGGUUUGUGUGGCGGAUCUACAUGUUUUCAAAGAUGAGGUGAAGCAGCAGGACUUCUUUGUCGGCACUGUCAGGGUGAACGGCAGGAUGGACUGGGUCAUGCUGGACUCAGCAGUCAGUCAGGCAUUCAAGGUGUACAUAGCCAAGGUGGACCCCACCUCCAGUCUGGGCUUGUCUACAGACUCCAUCUACAGUUACAGUAUGGGUCACAUUAAGAGGGUCCUGGGAGGAGAAGCUCCUGAGACUCAGCCUUCUCGCUGCAUGUCCCGAGGCCCCAGCAGCAUCACUGUGUCUCUGAAAGGUUUGAAGGAAAAGUGUGUGGACAGCCUGGUAUUUGAAACUCUCAUUCCCAAACCCAUGAUGCAACACUACAUCAGUCUUCUGCUCAAACACCGCCGUCUCAUCCUGUCUGGACCGAGCGGGACGGGUAAGUCCUACCUGGCUUCCCGGCUGGCUGAGUACCUGGUGGACCGCAGCGCCCGCGAAGUCACAGUCGGCAUUGUGGUCACUUUCAACAUGCACCGCCAGUCAUGCAAGGAUCUGCAGCUUUAUCUUUCUAACUUGGCUAACCAAAUAGAUCGGGAAACAAGUUCAUCAGAAAUACCGCUAGUAGUUAUUCUGGAUGAUAUUCAUGAUACUCCUUCCUUGAGUGAACUUGUCAACGGUGCUCUGACCUGCAAAUAUCAUAAAUGUCCUUACAUUAUUGGAACGAGCAAUCAGCCGGUGAAGAUGACAGCAAACCAUGGCCUGCAUCUCAGCUUCAGAAUGGUGACCUUCUCCAACAACGUGGAGCCUGCCAAUGGCUUCCUCGUGCGGUAUUUGCACAGGAAGAUGAUGGAGUCAGAAGAUGAGAGGAGCUUGACCAAUGAGGACCUUAUCAGGGUGUUGGACUGGGUUCCUAAACUGUGGUAUCAUUUGCACACCUUCCUGGAGAAGCACAGCACAUCAGACUUCCUCAUCGGCCCUUGCUUUUUCCUGUCCUGUCCGGUCACAGUGGAUGAGUUUCGAUCGUGGUUCAUUGACCUUUGGAAUCACUCCAUUAUUCCGUAUCUGCAGGAGGGGGCCAAGGAUGGUAUCAAGGUCCAUGGACAAAAGGCCGUAUGGGAGGACCCAGUGGAGUGGGUGAGGGGCACUCUGCCAUGGCCGUCUGCCCAACAGGACCAGGCAAAAUUGUUCCACCUCCCUCCUCCCAGCAUUGGCUCCGGUAGCCCCUGUCAGCUGAGCGAGGAGAGGCCUCACAAAGAGACCCCUCCCAGCUCCAUGGAAUCUGAUCCUCUGAUGGCAAUGCUUUUGAAGCUUCAAGAGGCUGCCAAUUACAUUGAGUCACCAGACAAGGAAGACCCCAGCCUGCCUAAGCUUUGAACACAGAGCUUACACUUAACACACAGCACUUCAAAUUUCUGUUUGCAUUACUCACGCUGUGCACAUUCGGGAACAAAUGGACCGUCAGAAGUGGUUGUUGGGUGUUUUUAAACGGUCAUUCACGCAGCGGGAGGUUAAACGUUUUACCUGUGAACUCAAAAUCAUUUUAACACAUCCAGUAUUUUCACAAGUAUUGAAUGAAAAGCUAUAAUCUGUUAGUGAACUAUAUAUAUUCAGCAUUCACGUCGCACAUUUCAGAUCCUUUUAGUACCAUGUUAGCCCUCAGUACUCUAAGAUCGGUGCUAACAGAUCGCUAUGAAAUCAGGGGAUUUCUGCAACAACACACGCUGUCCAUCCUGUUUUGUGCUUUUGGGAUAUGUAGUGCUCGUCAAAAUGGCGCUAUUCUCAAUCAGUGUGGAAAAGAGUAUGACAGCAUGACAGAUGCUAUUGUUUACCGCAAAGUUCUUUGGUACAUAUCUACUGUAUAAGUCUCUGAAGGCCAAAUCUUAUACAUAUGCAAUCCUGAACUUUACAACCCGAGCAGGUGAAACAAAUAAUAUAUGCCUUAAAAGCCAAGACUUCAAUGUCACCUCAACUGAAGCAGAAUAUACUGGUGCUUUCAUCAAUAUCAUCUUAAAACAGUUCCUUACGCUCUUCAUAUUAUUAUUAUUUAUCUCAAUUAAUCGUGGUUAUUUUUCAUAAACAAAAGUUGCUCAAUACUAUAAGAUUGGUUUUUCAAUAUACACGUUCUUGCAGCCUAAUUUUCAUUUCUCAUGGUUUUUAAGUUGGAGACACUAAACCUGCUGUCAUACUCUUUUACGUAAAACAAAACAUGUUUAUCAGUUACGGGAGUUCAUCACUUUGGCGCUGCAUACAUCGCUUUUUCCAUGCACUUAAUUUAUUUUUUAUCCACUGCUUUAUGUUAAAUAAUAGUGUUGCCAAUGUUGCCAUAUAUAUCAGGUAUUAGAUAAACAGGGACAAUAUAGCAUAACAAACAUCCUCUGAUGAAAACAGAUGGAGCCAACGCUAUUUGAAUCAGAUUCAGAUUUUUUCCUUAAAGUUUGUUCAGGAAAAAGUGUGUUUGCUUCAAGUCUUUCUCCCGACAUUCAAAGUAGUUACCAUGUAUAUUAUGGACAUGCAGUCAGGCUACACUGCGGUUAUUUUAUCUACAUUAGUUGGUGCAAAUAUCUAAUACUGAACCAAAUACUGUACUUUAAUCAUGCAUAUUGACUGUCAAGUUAGGGGUUUAAGUUCAACUUUGAAUGUAUAGAAAACGCUUAUAAAGAAAACCACCUUAUAACUAUAUGAGUCAUCUAGUAGGUGCUUUUAGGGGAAGCCUUAUCACUGUUCCAUGGCAGCACUUAACAAUAGCUGAGCAGAGUGACUUUAAAGCUACCUAUCCCCAUUUCAUUUACUACGGUUCAUGCACUUCACAAAAUUCGCAAUCUCUCGUCCUCAUGCUUGUUAUCAUCACUUAGGUGCUCUUUUAAAAAAAAAAACAAAAAAAAAGUCCCAAACUGUUUUAGUGCAAAAUAAAAUAAUCUUGUAGACGUUCAGGUUAGGAUAGCAAAGAGUUUGGUGUAAUUUCUGUCAAAAGGCGAGAGAAUUUUGAAAUAGAUUUUGACGGUAGAUUCUGACAUUUUGUAGGAGGUGUUGAAGACUUUAUGUGGAGACGGUGAAGUCACGUGAGACGUUGUAUGGUGUAACCCCAUGUUGAUAUCGUACAGUAUUCAUGUUUGAGAACAUUUUGGGUGCACGACACAGAAACACAUUACGGAGAGCACAUAUUCCAAGGAAAAGAGUAAGAAGUAAAAGUUUAAAAAAAAAAGCUUUCUAAGAUACUUUGUAGAUUUUUGUAAAGCAGAGAGUAAAUGACAGAUGAAAUAUAUGGUUGUGUGUAAGUGGUGUUGAAAUAAUUCAUCCCAGACCGUGUCAUAGUUUCACCGCUCGGAUUAACCUUCACGUGAAGCAGAUCCUGUAAAUGAAUGUCGGACCACUUUAAUGACAGCUUAAUAAGAAAGUUUAACAUUUUAAAUAGUUUCUGAGCUGCUUCUUGCUUUGGUAUUGCACUGUUUGCUUAAGGCUGUUAACCAAUUUCAAGCUAAUCUGCAGCUGUGACUGGUCACCUGCAAACUGAGAAAUGAAUGAAUUUAAGACAUCAAAGAGCAAAAAAAAGAAAAAAAAAGAUGUCAGCUCACUAGUGACUCUGUCACUGGUGUCAUAUACUGAGAAUAACUUCCAUUACUGUAAAUAUUUCAGGUAUUACCGGCCACACUCUGAUCUGUUACUGCAGGUUAAACUAAAGCCAUCCGCUCCAUCUCCUCAUCUCAUUCACUGGUUGUUGUGCCUGUUGCUCUGUAGUAGCUGUGAUUUGUGUUUGCUUACUAGCGUGUCAGGACUAUGCAGCAACUUCUACUGGUGUUGGCAAUCAGCAAAAGCAGUGCGUUAUGGUCUGUCUUUGAGAUCCUAAUUUGGGCCAAACUGCACCGCGAGGUAAAAGUGGGAGCUUGUUUCAGAGGGUGAUACCGAGCCUUAAGGAGAUUUGUUUGGUGUGGCAUUUAAGACAGGGUUCGUAAAGAAAUUUGACGUGUGUCGUCUUCCCGAAAGGGAAAAGAAGUAACCGGACUUGUAAAUGGUCUAAUGACGAUAAAGAAAAGAUUCAAAAUCAAACCGUUAGCCUGAAAUAGUUAGCAGGAAUAAGCACUUCACAGUUUGCGUAAAUAGAAUGAAAGCAGACAAAUCUUAGGCCACUACAGGUUGCUGAAUAGUCAUAUUUUUGCAAAGCUUCUUGUGGACAAAACUAAGAUUUAAAAAAAAAAGUGUCAUGCUAUAUCUAAUGUUGCUGAUGUGCAAAUGUUAAGGGUUUCUAAGUGUUGUAAAUGCAUGUAAACUUGCUGUGUGAUGAGGAAAAAAAGAGGUUAGCAUUAACGUAUUGUUUAGAAAACCCAUUCUAGAUGAUGUUUUCCUUUUUAAUACUCAAGAUCUUUGAUAUUUCUUUUCUUUUUUUUCUAAGGAAUCCUUUGUAAAACUUCAUUUCUCUAUUUUGUACAGAACAUCAUUGUAAAGACUGUAAAUAGGUCGGCAUUCUGGAUGCGGCAACAAUCACUGAGGAGGGAAAACAAAACGUCCUUGAGGGGAAGGUAUAUUCAUUCAGAGUUGGGUCCACUUCAUGGAUAAGGCAUGCUUCUGAAGGCUUUCAUCCACUUAUCACUAUUUGUUGGAAUUAAUAAAAUACAUGUUAUAUUUA